AGAUGAACGUGUGUGUGUGAGCUGAAUCAGCAGAAUGAGUCAGAGCACCAAAGGCAGACCAGCCUCUACUGCUCCUAAAUCUCAGCCUGGACCUGAUCCUGAGCCAGGACCCGAGUCCAGCUGUGUGUCCUUGAAGAGCGACCGGUCAAAUGACCGCUUCAUUAAUUUCAAAGGACCACAGUCCUCUGCUGCAAAGAGGACCAAAAGGAAAUCAGAAUCUGCUGGACCUGAUCCUGAGCCAGGACCCGAGUCCAGCUGUGUGUCCUUGAAGAGCGACCGGUCAAAUGACCGCUUCAUUAAUUUCAAAGGACCACAGCCCUCUGAUGCAAAGAGGACCAAAAGGAAAUCAGAAUCUUCUGGACCUGAUCCUGAGCCAGGACCCGAGUCCAGCUGUGUGUCCUUGAAGAGUGACCGGUCAAAUGGCCGCUUCAUUAAUUUCAAAGAACCACAGUCCUCUGCUGCAAAGAGGACCAAAAGGAAAUCAGAAUCUGCUGGACCUGAACCUGAGCCAGGACCCGAGUCCAGCUGUGUGUCCUUGAAGAGUGACCGGUCAAAUGACCACAUCAUUAAUUUCAAAGAACCCCAGCCCUCUGCUGCAAAGAGGCCCAAAAAGAGACCAGCCACUACUGGACCUGAGUCCAGCUGUGCUUCCUUGGAGAGUGACCGGUCAAAUGGCCGCUUCAUUAAUUUCAAAGGACCACAGCCCUCUGCUGCAAAGAGGGUUGUCCUGGAGAGCUCAAAGACAACUGGUGGUCAGUCUGCCCAGCAGGAUCAAACAGACAUGGAGUCUGUAUUUAUGGUGCUUGAAGACAACAUUAUCACUUUUGUGAGGAAGGAGCUAAAGAAGAUCCGGAAGGUUCUGAUUUCAGAUUACCAUGAAGACUCAGAGAGCGAUGAGGGAAGGUGGGAUGUUGAAGAUGAAUACCAAAGGAACUGGGAAAAGGCAUUUCUUCAGAUCACAGUGGACUUCCUGAAGAGAAUGAAGCAGGAGGAGAUGGCUCACUGUCUGCAGAGCAGUAAGACAUUUUCUCUAAAGAUUUAA